AGAGAGAGAGAGAGAGAGAGAGAGAGAGAUGCUGAAGCUUUGCUCUUGUAAUGUGACGGACCAAAUUCAGGCGUCGGUUCAAUGCCGAUUCCCAGGUUCAUCCGGUCCAUUUGCAUUUCGCCUGCGGAGUCCUGUCUCUGUCUCUUGUUCUCCUCCGAGUAGACUCAAGUUGAUGCCGGUUCGAGCGGUUCUGUCGAGCCAGAGAACCGAAGUGGCCGAGGUCGUUAAAUCCGGGCCGGGGAGCUUGGGUGAACGGCUCCGAUUGGGAAGCUUGGCUGAAGACGGGUUGUCUUUUAAGGAAAAGUAUAUAAUAAGGUGUUAUGAAGUUGGAAUCAACAAAACCGCCACUAUUGAAACCCUUGCUAAUCUCUUGCAGGAGGUUGGAUCUAACCAUGCUCAGAGUGUUGGAUUUUCGACAGAUGGGUUUGCUACGACCCCUGCCAUGAGAAAAUUGCAUCUUAUAUGGGUGACCGCACGAAUGCACAUAGAAAUAUACAAAUACCCAGCUUGGAGUGACGUGGUUGAAAUCGAGACAUGGUGCCAAAGUGAGGGAAGCAUUAGAACCAGAAGGGACUGGAUCCUAAAGGAUGCCGCAACUGGUGAACUUAUUGGAAGAGCUACAGGCAAGUGGGUGAUGAUGAACCAUGACACAAGGCGGUUGCAGAAAGUUAGUGAUGAGGUCCGGGAAGAGCUUAUGGUCCACUUCCCACAAGAGCCUAGAUUAGCAUUUCCAGAAAAGGACAACAGAAGUUUGAAGAAAAUUCUCAAAUUAGAAGAUCCUGCUCAGCAUUCCCGGCUUGCGCUUACGCCCAGACGAGCUGAUCUGGACAUGAACCAUCAUGUCAAUUACGUCACUUACAUCGGAUGGGUUCUGGAGAGCAUGCCUCAAGAGAUCAUUGACACCCAUGAACUGGCAAGUAUCACAUUGGACUACAGGCGGGAAUGCCUACAAGACGACGUGGUUGAUUCGCUUACCAGUCCGGAACCUGCAGAAGAUGCCGAAACAGUUUCUGAGCUUAACGGAACAAACGGGUCUGCAGUGGCAAGAGAAGACGAUGCGGACUGCCCUAAGUUUUUGCAUCUGUUGAGAGUAUCUACUGACGGACAGGAAAUAAACCGAGGCCGUACCGAGUGGAGAACAAAACCCGCAAGAUGAGGUACGCAAGUGGAGAAACGAACCCUUAAGAUAGGAAAUAAGUUAUGGUUCACUGUCCCCUUUCGCGUUUGCAUUAGUUUUAAGGUUUCCCGUCUUUGUUUUGGUGUUUUCGUAUCGUCAAUGGAUUUUGGCCCGAAAUUUCGUCGUAGGGAAUUGCUUGAAACUGAUAUCUGAAAGACCCACGUCAAAAUCCAUGGAACUCUUGUACUUCCAUAUUUCUUUAUGUUUUCUUCUCGACUGUCUGUUUAGUAUUUACCUAGUAUGAGGUGAAGUUUGGAACUCUUGUUCACAAUCGUAGAAUUUAUUGCUUUAGAA